AUGCCCAGUGACUCGGAGUCGGGAGCCAUCGCCGCACAACUCGCAGCCGUACAUAUGGAGACGACGGCACGAUCUGAUCCUAACACGUCCAUAGAGGGUGCCUCUGCUGCGGCUGUACCUGCUCUGGAGCCUCGUCCAGCGACGGCUUCAGAAGCAGCACCGCCGCCGGUGCCCGCCUCACCGAUCACGGACACGGUGGAGACUGCUACAGCUACAGCGCCGACACACGAGUUGAAUGCUCGAGCUCACCAGGACAUCGCUUCCCAACCAUACCCUGAAGAAUCAUACCGCGCUAGCAUCGUCGCCUUGGAUGCUCCGCAAUUGCUAUCGCAGCCGACUGAGACAGAGCCUAGGGCAGUCGCGGGGGCCAGCCCCACACGCCAAGACGAGCUGCCCUCGCCGCCCCAAACGACGGACGAUGAGCCGACAUCGGCCGGUACACCAAGUAGUACUGCCCAUCCUUCAAGCUCUGUGCAAUCUGUUGCAGAUCUGCCAACUUCCUCGACUGAGCUCUCGGAGCGACACGUAGCACCGGGAGCAGAUCUGCCAACUUCCUCGACUGAGCUCUCGGAGCGACACGUAGCACCGGGAGCAGAAGCAGAAGCAGGAGCAGGAGCAGCAAUCGCGCCAUUUGUCAUUCCUCGCACCGCGACAUCCUCCCUGGCCCCUGUCGCACCUGCCUCAACCAGCAUACCCCCCGCGGCGCCGAUCGGGGCCUCGCAGCCGAAUCGAGCGUCCCCUCAAGACCAAGAGCAAGAAGAACAGUGGCUUCUCAAGACGAUCGUCUGGCCACCACUCCCACCAACCCCUUCAGGAUAUGAGUCGUCGUCUAACCCGCAAACGAUCAAGAUCAUCUGCCAAAAUCUCAACGGGCCGUGCUCCUUUAUUGCCCUAUGUGCGUGCCUUUGCUGUUUGCCUCGGUGCGAUCUUACUGCACAGCAUAUUGAAGAAUUUUUUCUCGUUUGACAGGCAAUAUCUUGUUACUACGCCAUUCGAUCAGCUUACCCUCCCACCUCGACCGAGUGUCCUAUUCGGACCUCUGCUCCAUCCUCGCCGACCACCUUCUCCAGCGCAGCAACACCGAAGGUUUCUCGGCCUCCAUCAGUUCUGCCCUCUCUACCCUACCUUCAACACGCUACGGCCUGGACCUCAACCCCCGUUUCGGCUCCAUCGACGGAUUUACCCCUUCCCCCGCCGUAUCGCUCUUUAAAGCCUUCGAGAUACCCCUCUUACACGGCUGGUGUGUAGAUCCCGACGAACGCUCCGGCGAAACGUGGAAUGUCGUUGUUGAGAAUGGGGAGGAUUACGAUUCGGUCGUGGAAAAGAUCGUGCGAGGAAGGGAAUUGAGUGGUGGGCAAUUGGAGGGGGAGAUGAGGACGCAGGAUGAGGAUGAGGUCGUGAAGGCGGUGGAGAGGAGCUCGAAAUGGACUGUUGAGGAGGCCAAGGCUGUCAGGGAAGGCAAGUAG